CCAAGUUCCCUCCCUUCGCGCUCCGCGAAGCCCGCCUGAGCCCUCCCACUCGGUGCAGACAGAACCAUCGCGGCCGCCGCCAGCCGGGCCCUCCACGGCCUUGCGUCCCGAGCCCCCUUGACUAACCCGGUCAGCUCUUUAUCCGUGGCUCCGCGGAGGCGGCGCGAGGACUCGGCGGCCCCUGCGGCCCGCGCUCGGACCUCCGGCGGCGCCAGCGGCCCGGACCCCCUUCCUGGCGGGCCCGACCUUCCUCCCUGCAGUCCCCGGGAGCUUGGCGCCCGGCUGGGGCCGCACUGCCCGGAGCCGGGGAGCGCGGCCGAGAAAUCCCCAGUUGGACAUCCAGAGCACCUACCCUGUUCUUUCUGCAUCUUGAAUUGAACUGUUACCAGGACUCUCUGAGGUCUGAAAGGGAAAUAAAAGAUAUUACAUGCUGCAGAGGGUAGCUGAAGAUAGAAAGGACUCCCUGUGACACCUGCCUCACAUCUAUAAAAUACUCAUUCCUCUUUCAACUCUGCCUGCAGUUGAGCACAAAGACCUGGAGGAGACUCCCACAUCCUUCGGGGAGAAGAAAGGAGGCAGCUAAGCAGAUUAAAGGAACUUGUGGCUUGUGGCCUUUUGGAAAGGGGGAAAGUGAAUUAGAGGCCCGGUGCGAGUUAAUGAGCUGUGAGAUGAGGCGCCGCUGCUGCUGCUGACACCCAGGUUCCAGGCUCCGUCCGCUGCCCUUUGUGCUUCAUGUACAUGUGUCUAUUCAGCGCAUCCGGAGGCGCCCAGACCAGAAUCCAACACGGCUGCCGGGGAGAGACCACCCACCAUGCCCACGGAGACCCUACAGACAGGUAGCAUGGUGAAGCCGGUCAGCCCCGCGGGCACCUUCACCUCGGCAGUCCCCCUGCGCAUCCUCAACAAAGGGCCCGACUACUUUCGCAGGCAGGCCGAGCCCAACCCCAAAAGACUCAGCGCCGUGGAGAGGCUGGAAGCGGACAAGGCCAAGUAUGUCAAGAGUCAGGAGGUCAUCAACGCCAAGCAGGAGCCCGUGAAGCCGGCCGUGCUGGCCAAGCCCCCCGUGUGCCCGGCCGCCAAGCGCGCCCUGGGCAGCCCCACGCUGCGGGUGUUCGGCAGCCACGCCAAGACCGAGAGUGGCGUGCAGAGGGAGAACCUGAAGCUCGAGAUCCUGAAAAACAUCAUCAACAGCUCCGAAGGCUCCAGCUCGGGCUCGGGGCACAAGCACAGCUCCCGGAACUGGCCGUCCCACCGGCCAGACUCCACCGACCUGCACCGGCACUCCUUCGCAGAGUCCCUGAAGGUGUACCCCACGCAGGGCCGCGGCAGCCCGCAGGAAGGCGGCUCCCACGUGGGCAGGAGGCUGCUGGAGCAGUCGGCCGAGUCCUUCCUCCACGUCUCCCACAGCUCCUCGGACAUACGCAAAGUGACCAGUGUGAAGCCCCUAAAAGCGAUCCCCUGCAGUAGCUCCGCCCCUCCCCUGCCUCCCAAACCCAAGGUCGCGGCCAUGGCCACCGUGAAGUCCCCUGAAGCCGACCCGGUGGAACCAGCCUGCGGAGUCAGCCGGAGACCCUCGCUCCAGAGGUCUAAGUCGGACUUGAGUGACAGGUAUUUCCGCGUGGACGCAGACGUGGAGAGGUUUUUUAACUACUGCGGACUGGACCCCGAAGAGCUGGAAAACCUUGGAAUGGAAAACUUUGCAAGGGCUAAUUCCGACAUCAUCUCCCUCAACUUCCGCAGCGCAAGCAUGAUCAGCUCAGAUUGCGAACAGUCUCAGGACAGUAACAGUGACCUUAGAAAUGAUGACAGUGCCAAUGACCGGGUGCCAUAUGGCAUUUCUGCCAUCGAAAGAAAUGCUAGGAUCAUCAAGUGGUUAUAUAGUAUCAAACAAGCUAGAGAGUCACAGAAGGUCUCCCACGUGUAAGACAAAGUGCGUGCAAAGGAGGGAGGGGUGGGUCUCUGUCUGUGCAUCCGCAGUCGUGAAGGUUGUGAGCUUCUCCACUCUCUUUGUGUUGCUUGUUGUGCAAUGUUUCCAAGUUGCAUGCCUGUCAACAUGGGGACUGACCUGGCUUCCACGUGAACCAUCGCUGCAGAGCCUGGCUGAACACAACGUCAUCUGCCAAGAGUUUCAGGCCAGAAUCCGAUUAGGGCUUCGAUCUUAAGCAAAACUGUUUACACGAAAAACGGUAUACAACUUCUUCAAUAUUUAUGUGGUUCUUGUGUUUUUAUAUCCCGCGCUCUUGUGUCUUAAUUAAAAGUUUUAUCAAUUGGCUUUUAGGUUAAGAGUAGAAUCUUUUUGAAAUAAAAAGCCAAUUUGCCUACGUGUGAGCCCGAAACAAUGGGGAAAAAAAUCAAUGGGAUCUGCUACCAAACAGAUACAGUGACUGACCUAAGAUAGAGAACCACGCUGGGUUUUCUGAGGAAGAAAGCGGUGAGCCUGAUGUUAAUCAUUUGCGUAUUGGAAUUCUCCUGCCACUACUAAAGUAAGGGUUGGGGCAAUAGUGCUACGUUUUGUGUCCGAUUAAGUGUGUAAAUGUUGGUGCUUCUGUGUAAUACCCCAAGGAAAGACAAUCAGAAACAAUGAAGGUGAUUAAAUCUAGGAGUUUGGGUGUUGGGGGUUUUGUUGAUGUUGUUCUCUGAUUUGGGUUGAUUCCGAAAUUUCUCCUAUUAAUCUUUUGACGGGAAUGGCCAUCCUAAAGCUGAUACUAAAUGUCUUUAUAAAAAAAAAGUUGUUUGUUUUUUUAUCAAGAACUAAUUCUAUGCUGACUCUCUUCCCUCUCUCCUUCCCUCCCUGUGUUGUUGAUUUAUUUGGGAGAGGGGAGUGGGGCUUGUGCAGGGGUGAGCUAUCCGAAGACAUGAACACAAAUGGAAACACCAGCCAUAUCGGUAUAGAGCCUCCCAUUCAAAAGCGAAUACCUUUCGUAGCUGAACCAUAUCUGAGCAGUGCGAUCGUGUUGUCUGGCGUAUGUUAUUCUCUCAGGCUGUGGACCUUUGCUACAGCUCUAGGAAACUGUAGAAACAUGAUGCUUUUCCACCCUUUGGUCUCUAGUGCUCCAUAUCGACUCAUUCCCGUUUUCCCCAGUGACCUGUCUUGCAGGUGGGUCAUUAGCUGUGGACCAGCUGACAGUGGUGUGUGGUAGCUGAGAGGUAAAAACGUGUAGCGGUCUGCUUCAUUGCUCCGUACUCAUGCUCUGAAGUUCUCAGCCGCACUACCUUAGACUUUAUCAGCGAAUGGGGAACUUUUUAUGGUGUAAAUGCUGUAAGACUUUGUACAUACUUCAGUUGUUAUGAAAUCUUUAAGAAAAAAGAAAACGUUACGCUAAUAAAUAGCUCUGGUGCAGGCACUAAUGGUGGUGGUUUCUCUUUGUCCUUUUCUUUGCACCUGCCACGAAAAGUUUAACUUUGGACUGUGAGCCAGAAGCAGAUUUUUGGUAGCCUCAAAGGAACAUGUUUUCAUUAAAUUACUUUCACCAUAUCACAGUUAUUCGGAACAGCGAUAGAUAGCAGUGUGCUUUUGCUAAAAUAGUUUGUCAAGGUUCCUAAAAUAUGCUGCCUUGUCUUUACUUAGUUCACACUUGUGGUAUUUUUACCUUUUCUUAAACAUCAGAAUUUUUCACAUCUUCCACAAGACCUUCAGUGGUAAAUACUUAUGAGUUCUUACAGCGGAGACCUGCCUUUGAAUGUUAUUUGUACAAGCCCAACAUCAUUAGCAUUACACGUGUUCAUACAUUUGUCCACUCGUUCGUUCACUCCUCUUUCAACAGGUCAUUUGGUGAGUGGCCCCCUUUUUGGGCCUGACAGUAGGCACAGGACUGCUGUGGUCAACGACACACAGUCUCUGUGUCAAGGAACAUAGAUGCUCACCUUUAAGAGAAACAGCAUUCCUCUUAGUGGACAGAUCUUAUCUCCUCUUAUUAGGACGCUGAGUAUUCAAGUUAUCUAUUGAAUCAAGUCAUUUGAAGAUUAACAUUGCUUCAAAAGUUCCAUAUACUGUGUCAAUGUAAAAGAAAACAUUGUUUAAAAAGCAAUUUUCAGAAGCAGAAAUGAUAAAGAUUCCCAACUAUUAACUGUUUGUAACUUUUUCCUUCUGGAAAUCAAAUGUGGUUCCUUGACACUCUCUCUGCUGGUUUGGGAAUUCUUUCUGGUUCUCUGAUUAAUUACCAGUUGCACUAGAACUCUACUUCCCAGAAAAAACAUUUGGAAAUGCAGCUUUCAGUGGUGAUGACACAGUGCAUGCAAGAUUAUAGAAUGAAAAUAGGUUUCUUUCAUUUAAUUUAAAAUAAGUAUACACACACACACACACACACACACAUAUACAUAUAUAUAUAUUCUUCCCUCACCAUUAGGGUAGAAAUGUGGCCAUUUGAAGUAUUCAUGGCUUAGCAUUUAUAUAUCCGUCUCUUUUUAGGGCUAUUGAAAUACCAAAAAUAGAUGCUAUUUUUCUAAGGACACCAGUUUUUUUUUGGGAGGCGAGCACUUCUUAGCUAAUUUAAUAUCACUGUCAAUGCUGUUUUAGUCAUGGAUUCUGCUGAAGCUUCCAGCAUUUCAAAACCAUGUUUAAUCUGUGUCCCACUGUAAUUCAGUCUAAUCCUCCAUGGCCUUAUUUGUACAAUGGAUAAAUGUGAGCCUUUUGGUUCCCUUUAUGGAAGGGGGGAGCUCAUUAUUUUCUUUUUUGUUCUUGAAAUUAGAGUUUCUAUAAAGGACCGUUUCAAAGGCUUAAUAUUAAAUC